AUGAAGCCUCAAGAUAGAUUUUACUCUGAGGGACAAUGCUACUUUGGCCCGAGAGAAAACCCUCUGACCGAAACCCACUGCAAUGUUUGGGAUUGGGAUCGACUGCGGAUGGUCAAGGUCAAGGGCACCGCCAAGCUGUUUCCUCCAGAUGUAGAUAUAGAGAUCCCAAUUCUAGCUCAGUUUGCGGACUACCUGUCGCCGGAAGUUCGCUCAGUCACAAUCGACGACCAUGGACUCCUUGCCGGGGUUUCGACCGACCCGGAAGAGGAUGAUACCCCCUUUGUUGCAUACCUUCCCGUCUCCGUUUUUGAAUCGCUCGCCGAUUGCCGUACAAUUCAGUACUCUAAACUUCAGGAGCUCGAUCGGCUUGGACCAGGUGUUGAUCUUUCAUUAUACGAAGACGAAUCCGGGAUUCCUCACAAAGUUGCCUUCAAAUUCAACCCUUUCGACAAACCCCUGAGACUGCAGAUGGCGUGGGAUGAACUCAACCUUCUUAAAAGUUUGCCUCCACAUCCCAAUAUAGUACCUCUUGACCGCAUUGUACUCGAGGAUGUGGAGUCUCGGGUGAUUGGUUUUACAACGAAAUAUAUCUCAGGUGGAACCCUCGACAACACCAAUGUGCCUUUCCGAUUUGAAUGGUUGCAACAACUUACCCAGCUCGUGGACUUCCUCAAUUUGGAUCUGCGAAUCAUGCAUCAAGAAAUUGCACCCCGCAACCUGCUUAUCGAUCCUGAAACACAGAGAAUCCUUCUCUUCGAUUUCGAUCGGGCCGCACAGGGAUAA